UCCUCACGGAGGCACGAGCAAAGCCCUGCCAACCUGUCAGUCCAGCCAUGCAAGAGAGGGAGAGAGAGAAAAAGAAAGGAGGGAGUGAAGCAGAGAUUCAGAUCUCAGCAGAUAUUAAGAUUCCCAAUGAACAAAGAAAACAAAUAGCCCCUGGGACCACAAGUGUGUUCUGUAAACUGAUGCCACGAGGCAGACAUGAGAAAGAUGACUGAACAGAGUGGUUGCUAUAGGCCUGUGAACAUACAGGGAAAUAAGAUCAGUUACAAAGGGUCUUGUAAAGACAGCCCUGAAACGGGGACGAAAAGACUGCAGAAGCGAUUUCUUCACAAAGAUGGCAGCUGCAAUGUGUACUUCAAACACAUCUUUGGGGAAUGGGAGAGCUACGUAGUGGACAUAUUUACUACACUGGUGGACAUCAAGUGGCGCCAUAUGUUUGUGAUAUUCUCGCUGUCCUAUGUUCUUUCGUGGCUGUUCUUUGGACUGGUUUUCUGGCUGAUAGCAAUCCAACACGGAGAUUUAUUCAGUGACGAAGAAGUAACACCCUGUGUUGCAAACGUCCGUAGCUUCACAGGAGCAUUCCUGUUCUCCCUGGAAACCCAGACGACCAUUGGGUAUGGUUACCGCUGUGUUACGGAGGAGUGCUCUGUCGCGAUCCUUAUGGUUAUCCUGCAGUCCGUACUGAGCUGCAUUAUCGACACCUUCAUAAUUGGAGCAGCCUUGGCUAAAAUGGCCACAGCGCGAAAAAGAGCUCAGACCAUUCGUUUCAGCUACUAUGCUGUCGUGGGCUUACGGGAUGACAAAUUUUGCCUGAUGUGGCGCAUUGGUGAUUUCCGACCAAACCACAUGGUUGAGGGCUCAGUACGAGCUCAGCUGCUGCGCUACAAGGAAGACAAGGAAGGGAGAAUGACGAUGGAGUACAAGGACUUGAAGCUGCUGAAUGACCAGAUCAUACUCGUUACACCAGUGACGGUAGUACAUGAAAUUGAUAGUGAGAGCCCCUUGUAUGGUCUGGACCGGAAAGCUUUGGCCAAGGACAACUUUGAAAUCUUGGUCACGUUUGUCUACACAGGUGAUUCAACGGGAACUUCCCAUCAGUCCCGAAGCUCAUACGUGCCCAGAGAGAUUCUUUGGGGCUAUAGGUUUAAUGACGUCUUACAUGUAAAGAAAAAGUACUAUAAAGUGGAUUGCCUACAGUUUGAAGAAACCACAGAAGUUUAUGCUCCUCACUGCAGUGCCAUGCAACUGGAUCGGAAAGAGCAAGAAUGGAACCGAACAGAGAAGACAUUGGAAAAAGAAGCAGAGACGUCAGCACUGGAGAUCAAGUCCCUUAGUACAAACCAGAAGUCAUUUAAUGCAGUUGCCCUCAUCACCAGCUGUGAAGAUCCAGAAGACCCAGUGACAACUGUCUGUCAGCCUUCUGGAGAGGUUUCUUAUCAGAAAGCAGCUGUGACCUUAAGUAGACUGUCACUGGAAUCACAAAUCUAGAUUUUCACUGCAAUUAAAAACAUUUCCAACAACAAUGAACUCAUAUGCACAACUAUUUACAUUAUAAACCUCGUACUGACAGCAUGCCUACAUUACAACACAGUGCUGAGCUUCACAAUGGUUAGCGGGGGUAUCAGUAACAGAUUAGUACUGGCACAAGAAAGCAGCUUACAUUUGGGUUGACUAGACAGCUACUGUACUUGAGCAAACUUAGUCUAAACUUUAUUACCCUGCAGGGACCAAUGUUGGAGAUGCCCAGAGAUAGAAAACGAUCCAGGCAGAGAACAAGAACAAGGAAGCUUGCCCUCUGGGUCAUGUUUUUUAAUACUGCCUGAUUUAUUUGGAAGGCCAGUUCCCAAUACCUCCAGAAGGCUCUGAAAUGCCCCCACCAUCACAGCAAAUGAUUGCUUGUGUGCCAGCUGCACCUCUCUAGUGGUUCAAAUGAAACCCCUGUCUUGAGGUUACAUUGGUGAGUCUGAGGGGCUGUUCUUUGCAGGAGGGAGCAAACUGGCAAGAAUAACUGAACCCAGUGCUACUGGGUAGCUUUGGAAACCUGCUGACACCCUGCCCAGGGCUGUGAGUGGGAUCUCGGCGAGCUUUUCUCAUUUCCUUGUCGUGAGCCAUUCCCAGAAAUGCCACUCCCUCCGCAGUUUGAGGUAUGCAGUGCGUCAGCUGGCUUGGUGCUGCGUGGAGAUUUUGUUAUGUGGCUCUGAUGGCUAGGAGGGUUGGCCAAACUGGCUCAUCUGCACCAUUCAGAAACCAAAAUGGGACCUCAAGUUUGAAACCAAAAUCACCAAAAUCAUAUUAAGCCUUGGAGAAAAGAUCACCCUGUUUUUAGAGUGAGCUUAGCAAUUUUUUAUUUUUUUUAUUUUUUUUAUCAAAAUGUCUUUUCAUUUCAGAAUGUCAGCUUUGCUUUUCGUUUUAGUCCAUUAUGCUUCUUUAAAAGGAAAAGGAUCAAUCUGGAGACCAAACAGCAUAAUUUUGUCAAAAUGAAAUAUUUUUAUUCUUCUGAAAUGACUGUAAAAAUGAUCCUUUACAGAGAAAUUCUACAUACUCAGCUGUCAGCUCAAUUUGGAAAAACAGGGAAAAUGUCAAUGUUUAGAAGUUGCCUAUGACAUGGAAUUUCCAUGCUCUGCACAUCGCUGUCAUUAUCUCAUCAUGUUUCCCCCCCCCCCCCCCCCGAUGAUUGCAGUUAAUUUGCAUCAUGUUUAAUUAUCACGCUAACCUAAAAAUAUUUAUCUCUGAAUUUGUGGUUGCCUUAAAUGGAAUUUAUCUCACCUGACCUCAGCCAGCAAGAAGUGUCAAGGCUGGUCAAGGCUCUCCGUGACUGCUGUAACUUUUUCUCUGUCUUCACAGGGGAGUUCAUCCCAUCCUAAUCUGCGUGUUUAGGGAGCUGAAGGCAAUAGGAUGGUCUUAUCCUGGAACUGCUCAUCCCUCUCUGCUUAUUGUUUUCUGAAAUGCUGGCUAACAUUAAGCUGCUAAAAUUAGGUCUGACGAGUCAUUCACAUCAUGCUGACUAAUUCAAAGUUUUUAUGAGCUAAUCACAUUUAAUGAAAAGAAAACCAACAUGCUGAUUGUUUUAUUUUCCUUUUGUGAAACUUACUGCAUAUAGUAGUAUCACUGCAUUAUUUUAAUGUAUCUUGCAUUUCUCUUUUUUUGCUAGCACUUGUGUUCUGGAUCCUAUGUGAUCCCUUUAGAUAAAACCAAAUAUAUUAACAAGCCUGAGGGGAGGUAGCUAUUCCUAAGCUCAUUAAUUAGCCUAUUUUAUAUGCUGAAUCAUCACCACCAUCAGUCCAUAACUGCAGUAGAAAACAUCUCAUUGUAUCCUAGAUUUGAGCACCAGCAAGCAUUGGGGAAAUAGUCUAAAAAUGGGAAGAAAUUCAGUGGGAAAAUGUGUAAGGUUCUCAGUAUUUAUAUGGUAUUGCAAAAAUACCAUCAGGUUGUAUAAAAUAGAAUAUAGCCAUUGAGACAUGUGAAGUCAUCCUUCCACACUCUGUCUUUGAAAGCUCUUGGCUGGGUACUUGAUUCAGUGUUGGGCACCGCACUUUGGGAAAGACAUGGAAAAAAUGAAUCCAGAGAUACUGAAAAUAUAUCAGUAAGGAAGUAGGGAAAUAAUUGAAGGGCUUUCAGUCCAAAGAAGACAGAAGGGAAUUAGGAAAAAGAGUUCUCAAACAUUGCAAAUCAAGAGAGAGGAAUGAUCUGUUCUCUUUAUCUGGUGGGUAGGACGGGAGGACAUGGGCUUAAACUGAAGCCAAAGAGAUUGAAGUUAGACAUUAGUAGAAACUACCUUAAAGAAGGCAAAGCACAGGACAGAUCUGUGGGGUGUAUAAUUUUGGUGCUGGUGCCUCUCAGGAGUUUGUUAGGUGGCUGUCAGGAGUGAUACAGAAUGGUCAGGUUUGCCUUGAACUUUCAAACCCCGUUUUUGUACGACCCUAUGAUUUUCAGAAAAAGGGAAUGUUUAAUAUGAAGUCUGCAUAACUAGGUCACUUUACAAGUACUUACACAUGUGUGAGUAUUUGCUUAAUUACAUAGGUAAAGCUACUCAGAGAUCUGAGAUAUUACUGAGAUAUGUAACCAGAAUUCCCAAAGUAUCUUCAAAAGGUACACAUUUCAGGUGUUGCUCGUAAAGGUAGUUUCCCUUAUUAAGCUGUGAAUAUCAGCUGCCUUUCCCUCUCCCAGUUAUGUACCGUGUGAGCCUCUUGCGGUGAAGAAAAUUCUUUCCUUGGAAUGACUUUCCUGUAAGUGAAAGUACCAGGAGUCUGAUUUAGCAUUUGGUCACAUGCUUCUUGGUAUAGAUAGAUAGAAAUACGUGCGUAUGUAUAGUAAUGUAUGCUUUGGCAUAUAAGUCAACCACUAACUGAUGAGGGUCAGGAAGAAACUUUUCUCCUGGGCAUGUUAAUUCAUAACAGGCUACGAUACAGUUUCUUCUACUUUUAUCUGCAGCAUCUGAUACCAGCCCGUGCUGGAGACAGGAUACUAUUUGAACCACUGGUCUCAACCCGUCUGGCUUUUUCUGGGUUUCUCUGUUUGAUAUUUUAAUUUCAUUUAUCAGAGUAUAAAAACUAUGUGUUAUAAUAUAUAGUAAAGCAUGCAUUGCAUUUUUAUGAAUAAAGACACAGAAAUAAAGAACAUGCCUCUGCCACA